UUCUCGAGUUCACUCCCAUGGCUUCCUCGACUCUCAAACUCUUCCUCCUUCUCUUCCCAAUCUUCCUCACACAGACCUGGGCCUCUCCUACAACAACACUUCACCCAAAUCUCACUUCCAUUAGAUCUUUCUGCAGAACCACUCCAUACCCAGAAGCUUGCUUCGAUUCUUUGAAGCUCGGCAUUUCAAUCAGCAUUAGCCCAAACAUCCUCAACUAUCUGCUUCAGUCUCUGCAAGUUGCCAUCUCCGAAGCCACCCAGCUCUCGGAUCUAUUCCACAAUGCAGGAGGCGGUUCUGGUUUGAACCUCGUGGAGAAGCAGAAAGGGUCAAUUCAAGACUGUAGGGAGCUUCAUCUUUCAACAUUGACUUCCCUCAAAAGAUCACUCUCUGGAGUUCGUAAUUCGCCAACUUCUUCCCGGAAGCUCGCCGAUUCUAGGGCCUACCUCAGCGCCGCCAUGACCAACAAGAACACUUGCUUGGAAGGUCUCGACUCUGCUUCCGGCUCUCUCAAGCCUGUUCUCGUGGACUCUACCAUUAAAACUUACAAACAUGUCAGCAACUCUCUGUCCAUGCUCCCUAAGCCAGCUUUUAGAGGUUCCAGAGGCCAUAAGAAUAGGCGUCGUUUGCUGGGAGCUCCGGCGUGGCUGAAGAGGCGAGACCGUCGGAUCUUGGAUGGGGAAGAAAACAAUCCAAAUGAGAUGCUUGUGGUGGCGGCGGAUGGAACUGCGAACUUCACCACCAUUACUGAAGCUGUGAACUAUGCUCCCAGUAAUAGCUUGUACAGGACAGUGAUAUAUGUGAAGGCAGGGGUUUACGAGGAAAAUGUGGAGAUCCCAAGUGACAAGACCAACAUUGUUCUGCUUGGAGAUGGAAGCGAUGUCACCCUCGUUACUGGUUACAGAAGCGUGGGCGAUGGGUGGACCACCUUCAGAUCUGCAACUUUAGCUGUGUCCGGUGAUGGCUUUCUGGCACGAGACAUAGCGAUAGAAAAUAGCGCAGGGCCGGAGAAGCACCAGGCAGUAGCGUUAAGAGUAAACGCAGACUUAACCACGCUGUACAGAUGCGCCGUUUAUGGCUACCAAGACACCCUCUACGUCCAUUCCUUCCGACAGUUCUACCGAGAAUGCGACAUCUACGGCACCAUAGACUUCAUCUUCGGAAACGCCGCCGUCGUUUUCCAAGCCUGCGACAUCGUUUCGAGAAAGCCAAUGCCUCACCAGUUCACCGUCAUCACAGCUCAAUCACGAGACUCACCGGACGAGGACACCGGAAUCUCAAUCCAGAAUUGCUCCGUCAUUGCCACCGAAGACCUAUAUACUAACUCUAGCAGCUCCAAGAGCUACCUCGGACGCCCGUGGAGGCCUUAUUCUCGGACAGUGUACCUUGAGUCUUAUAUCGAUGAUUUCGUGGACCCAGAGGGGUGGACGGACUGGUCUGAUGCCGAUGGCGAUGAUUUGGAGACUCUGUACUAUGGAGAGUAUAAUAAUUAUGGGCCGGGUUCGGGUACGGGUGGCAGGGUGAAUUGGGUUGGGUACCAUGUGAUGGAGUAUGAGGAGGCUUAUAACUUUACGGUUUCUCAGUUCAUUAUGGGUGAUGCUUGGCUUCAGUCAACUUCGGUCCCUUAUGAUGCUGGGAUUUGACCCUAUAUACCAGUUAGAUUGGCUGGUAAUUAUGUGAUAUAUUAAUGUUCUCGUCGUGGCCUGGAGAGGCUGCUUUUGAGUGGCACUAUAUAUUGCAGAAUAAA